GGCCCGCGGACCCCGCCGCGCUGCGCUCGGCCGCUGACAUGUGCGCCGCCCGGAUGCCGCCCCUGGCGCACAUCUUCCGAGGGACGUUCGUCCACUCCACCUGGACCUGCCCCAUGGAGGUGCUGCGGGAUCACCUCCUCGGAGUGAGCGACAGCGGCACGAUAGUGUUUUUAGAAGAAGCAUCUCAACAAGAAAAGCUGGCCAAAGAAUGGGGCUUCAAGCCGUGUGACGUAAGAGAACUGAGCCAACAUGAGUUCUUCAUGCCUGGGCUGGUUGAUACACACAUCCAUGCCGCUCAGUAUUCCUUUGCUGGGAGUAACGUAGACCUGCCGCUUCUGCAGUGGCUGACCAAGUACACGUUUCCUACAGAACUCAAGUUCCAGAACUUGGACUUCGCUGAAGAAGUAUAUACCAGAGUUGUCAGGAGAACACUGAAGAAUGGAACAACUACAGCUUGUUACUUUACAACAAUUUACACUGACUCAUCCCUGCUCCUUGCGGAAAUUACAGAUAAAUUUGGGCAGCGGGCAUUUGUGGGCAAAGUCUGCAUGGAUAUGAAUGACACUGUUCCAGAAUACAAAGAAACCACUGAGGAAUCAAUCGAGGAAACAGAGAGAUUCGUGUCAGAAAUGCUCCAAAAGAACUAUUCUAGAGUGAAGCCCAUAGUGACACCACGUUUUGCCCUUUCCUGCUCUGAGACGAUGCUGGCCGAACUUGGAAACAUCGCGAAGACCCGCGAUUUGCACAUUCAGAGCCAUAUAAGUGAAAAUCCUGAUGAAGUUAAAGCUGUGGAAAACUUAUACCCCAGUUAUAAAAACUAUACAGAUGUGUAUGAUAAAAACAAUCUUCUGACAAAUAAGACAGUGAUGGCACACGGCUGCUACCUUUCCGCAGAAGAACUGGAUGUUUUCAGGGAACGAGGAGCAGCGAUCGCACAUUGUCCCAAUUCUAACUUGUCGCUCACCAGCGGCUUACUCAAUGUGCUAGAAGUGCUGAAACACGAUGUGAAAAUUGGGCUGGGCACAGAUGUGGCUGGUGGUUAUUCAUGUUCCAUGCUUGAUGCAAUCAGAAGAGCAGUGAUGGUUUCUAAUACCCUUGUAAUUACUAAGGAAAAUGAGGAUAGCCUCACCCUCAAAGAGGUAUUCAGACUAGCGACUCUCGGAGGCAGCCAAGCCCUGGGGCUUGAUAAAGAAAUUGGAAACUUUGAAGUGGGCAAGGAAUUUGAUGCCCUCUUGAUCAACCCCAAAGCAUCUGAUUCACCCAUUGACCUGUUUUGUGGGGAUUUUAGUGAUACUUCUGACGCUUUUAUCCAGAAGUUUCUCUAUCUAGGAGAUGACCGGAAUAUUGAGGAGGUUUAUGUGGGCGGAAAGCAGGUGGUUCCCUUUUCAAGCUCAGUCUAAGACCCUCGGCGUCUCCUCAAGUUCUCCUGGAUAGCGUGGUUCUGCACCUCCUUAUGCCCAGGCGGAGUUAGAACGUCAAAAAAUAGUACCUUGUUCUUGGGAUGACUAUCUCUUUGUGUGCUUACUUACAGUGCUCACUUGACAAAUCGAAGGAAGUUGCACUAAUUCUUAAAUCUCUGGUUGGGAGGAUUCAAAAUGUAUCCCUUUUGAGCUGUUCAGAUUUACUUUAAGCUUAAAUAUAAGAGAAUGUUAUGACUAGUGGUGUUCUUAUUAUGAGAUUUAAGUAAAAUCUACCUAAUAUUUGGAAAUGUGAAGAGGAAAGAUAUUCCUGUGAGGUUCCAUAUUCUGAGCUAGUAAAUAUGAAAAUUGGAUAUGGAAAAUGAACUAGUGAAUAUAUUUUUAUGAGGGAGAAAAAGUUAGACUACAGACAAACAUUGGAAAAUCAUUUCAGAUUGCUUGAAAAUUAUAUACUGAGCUUACUAAUUUAAAAAGAGAACUCACUGAGAUUUAAAACGUGUUUUUAGGUUGACUUUGUGUUCUGGAAAUUUUCACUUAAUGGAAUUUGCGUUUCAGAGACUUGUUAUUGUUGCGCUUUGCCCUCUUUGGGGAUUAAUUGUCAGAAAUUGAAUGCCACGUGCUUUCUUAAUAUAGUUCUGUGCUUCAAAAGUGUUUGGCAGAAGUUGGGUAGUAAAGAUUUAAAGUCUCUUAAGAAUAGUAUUCACACAACUACGUGGCAUAAAUAGUUGUAUUUUUGUGUACUUAAGUUACCUUAAUGUAUAACUGUGUGAUGCUGUUAUUACUUCAGUUUCAUUAGAAGAGAAACACAUUCCAUACUCCGCUGUUGUGUAGACUGAAGUCUUCAUAAAUUGGGACAAGUGCUGGGCACUCACGAGCUGUCAAUACUGAAAGGAAGGGUUUCAUUGCAAUGGCCUAGUCUCCCCAAGGAUUAUGCCGUAGUCGCUGGCAAUUUCAUACUCAGAUCAAUCUGUUAGAACUUUUAAAUGAAGGCAAAUCCUAUUAAAAAUAUUAUUAAAAAUCUUUAAACCUUGUAUAUCACAAGCACUCUAUUUUCCCAAUUUUAUCCUAUUAUACUUUUAAUUCCUAGGAAUUUUAGGACAUUGGCAUUUUAGUAUAAUGAAAAAUAUGUAGACAUCCCACAUAAUGUUUAUAUUAAUAGGACUUAAUCUGUACCAGACACCUAGGAAGAUUAAGCAAAGCAAAGAGUAUUUUUAUGCCUCCUAACUAAUUAGUGCAUUUUCCCAUAACCUAAAAUUAAAAACAAAUUAUGACUAUGAUAAAUCCUUUACAAGUAUUGAUGUGAAUGCUAUUUAAAUACUAUGUUUUUCUCCUUUAAUUCCAAAUAAUAUAAACUAACAAGGGAAAGGAGUAGAUUUUCUUAAUAUUUCAUAGCACUUAUUAAUACCUUAUAAUAGAGAACUUUAUGCUCUAGAGAUAACUCCAUAUAUAGAGAAUAAGGACAAAAUUCUCCCUCUUGCAUAUAAUUUUUAUUCUCAUAUAAUCAUGGUUAUUCAGCAGUAAUUUGCCCAGUUAUUAUUGUUGUUUUUUUCCUUUGUGGAAGCACUUUUAGAUUUGAUUAUGCUUGAC